AUGGUCACAUUCACAAAUCAAAAAGUUACUAUUGAUUUACUUAUUGCUAUUAUAGCGACAGUUAUUUUAAGUACAACUAUUUUAGCAAUUUCAACAAAUAAUUGGAAUGUUAAAUAUGAAAAUUCAAUUACAAAUCGAACAGGUUUAUUUCAACAAUGUUCAAAUGCAGUGUGUUGUGAUAGAAAAGAAUUAGAUCGAUCGGUUACAAUAUUAGCUGUAUUCUCUAUUAUAUUCUUAACAAUAAGUACACUUUCAUCAUUUAUAUUAAUGACAACAACAUUGGAUUAUAAAAAUCAAUGUUACAUUCUUGUACCAUUAACUUUCUUUGGUUCAGGCAUUGCUAUGACAUUAACAUUAAUUCAAAUACUUGAUCGAAUUGAACUUAAUGGUUAUUCAGCACUUGUGUUUAUGGUUGAUAGUGUUCUUUCGUAUAUUUUAGGUGGUAUAUCACUCUUGCAUGCUAAUAUGUUCUAUCUUUGA